AUGUCCCUCGUCCUCCGCUCUACCGUCCGCGCCGCCCGCUCGGCCCGCCAGAUGCAGGUGCGCUCGCUGCACGUCGAGAACAAGGUCGACAAACUAAUGCUUUCCAGGACCAUCCCCGGCGGCAACAAGGCCCUCGCGAUCAAGGUCGUCAUCUACGGCUCCGUCGGCCUCUCGCUCCCAUUCAUCGCGACCAAGAUCUCGCAGGACAAGGCCCGCGGAAACUAA